AUGAAGUCUCUGACUUAUGAUGAAUUUGUUGGUUUCUUAGGCAAAUGGGUUACUCAAGAGUAUAAAAAGAUACCACUUGAAUGCUACCAACAAGUCGAAAUUGAAGCUAAAUUUGGGCGCAUAAAUAGUAAAAGUAACAGCACAGAAUUUAAAGAAAGUAAAAAAAUUAUUGUAUUGAACAAUGACUACCAUAUGAUACCCAGGAUAUCUAAGUUUGAUUUCGAUAGACUGAGGAAUAAGUAUAUCAAUACAAAAUUCAAUAAACUUAAAAAAUCAUCAACAAAAAAUUCAAAUAACCUAAGCCUGAGUGACUAUAGUGUAUCCACAAGUUUACCUGCCCCAUUAGACAAGGGCAGACUGCGACUUAAUAACGAGACAGCUAAACUUGAUUCAUUAAUUCAUAAAGAAAAAAUAUCGAAUAUUCUACUAUCCAUUCCUAAUAGUACUUACGGUUGCAAAAUAUCUUUUAACCUUGAAAUUGAGCUUCCAAAGGCUGUAUACAUUAACACAGAUUUAGACAAGUGCUAUAGAAGGCACAAACUUGGGAAUAGAAUAAGCAUGCCGCGAAGUAAAAAUACUUUAGAGUUGUUUAAAGUAUGUACAGAAAAUAGAGCAGGAAAAACAUUUGAAAAUUAUGAAGUCGAGAUUGAAUUGUGUUCAAAGAAUAUAGCAACUCUAAUUAAACAGGAAAACAAUAAAGAUCUAGAGAAGGAAAUUCGAAAAUUCUCGAACGACUUUCUAGAGAUUAAGAACACCUGUAAACUCAAGUCAAAAAAAUAG